UGCUGUACUGAAGAAUAAAGUACCUGGACCAUGACUCCGAUACUGCGCACAGAGAGGCUGCAGCCGAGUGAACUUCAGGCUCUGUUUGGAGAGGAGAAGGAUUAUUCAUGCUCCCUGAAUGAUAUUGUUCAUCACACAGAGGUGUGUGAGCUGCAGACUGAUGGUGAUAACAUAGUGCCGUGCGACUUCAGUUCUCUUUCUGAUGUUGACUAUGGGAAGCCAUGUGCAGCCCCUCAUCUGCAGGGACCCACAUUCUCCAAACAGGAAUACUACACCAAACUAGAGGAGCUGAAGAGAGAACACCUGAGAAACAUAGCUGAGCUGGAAAAACUCAACCUGAGCCAGAUCAAACCCGGUCAGAGAGAAAGACAGCUCAUUACUUGCUGGAGACAAAAUGGAGAAGAUACAGAGAGUGAACAGGUGGAGCUCAUCCAGGUUGGGAGGAAGGCAUCAGUGGGCCGUCUGAAGAAUGGUGUUUCUCAUCUGAAAUUAAAGCAGGCUCAACAGAAUUCCUUAGGGAUCCAGAGGAAGUUGUCACAUUCUCAGCAGAACUCAUCUUACAGUGCAGCCAAUCAGGGGAUGGACAGCCUGAGACAGAAUUCCAAAGUAACCGUUCCCAAACCGUUUCGCAUGAUGCUUCGUGAAGAGGAUCGCAAGCGACGCAAUGUGAAAACACGCUCUGAGAUGGAACUAGAAAACGAGAGACUGAAGAAAGAACUGGACGAGCUGAAAGAAUGUAGCAAGAAGUUUCGUGCUAGGCCGGCCCCCACCUCUACAUACUUGCUUUGCUAUGACAUCAUCACUAAGCACCCAAAGAAGCUCCAGCUACAAAAAAAUCUAUCAACCAAAUGGACCACGGUGGAAACCACCACAAACAGGGCUCCCAACGCCAAACACCUCCUCUUCCACAACAGCCAUUUAGCUUCAUUGAAAGAGAGCGAAAGAAAAGAGAGAAAAAACUAGAGGAUGAGCUAAACAACCUAACUCCCAAAACAGAACGAAGUGUGUUUAAAGCCAGACCCGUGCCGAGGUCUCUAUACAGGCCCAGCACACCAACUUGCCAGAUAUACGAGGCAGUUAAUCUGAAUCACAGAGGCUCAGCACUGCCUCCUAGCAUUCUGGAGGACAUGCUGCAGGAGGGAGAGGAGGCCGAGAAUGAGUAUGAUUAUGAAUUUUCAAGGCCACAGAGCACAGACAUAUCACGCUGCAGCAGCAACCUCAAGAAAUGGAAGAACAAGGGUGCGCUGCAGGUGGAGGAAGAGAUGGAGAGAAAGAGGAACAGAGAAAAAGACAGAGACUGGUCCUACAUUCAUCCCCUACGCAGGACCAGCCUCUGCCACAGCCAAGAACCCCUGAAUACCGGCAAGAGUGACUACAUCAGUGUUUAAAUACUGACACAGAUACAGUAAACCACAGCCUACAAUACAAAAUUCAUCAUCAGUACUAUAACUCUAUAACUACAUGGUGUGAUAGAAACAGAGAUCGGUUUUGUUUUUUCAUUGUGUUGCUAUGGAGAAAAACGAUCAAAACAAAUCAAUAAAUAAACUCAUAAAAUGAUU